AUGUCUGAUUUACGGAAAGUGUACGAGGCAGCCGGCCAGGGCCAUUUGUUCAAAGCAUUUGAGAAACUGGAUGGCGAGGGCCAACAACAGCUUCUGGCACAGCUGGCCAAAAUCCAGGAUCCGUCCAAAUUCAUCGAGGAAGUGCAGGACGCUAUUAAAUACAGCUCAUCGAUCUCUGGUUCAAAAACGUUUGCGCCUUUGCCAGAAGAGGCGCGGGCCUCUGUGAUUGACUGCAAGCCAGAGACGAUGGAGAGAUGGCUGUCUUCUGGCUUGGAGCUGAUCAACAAGGGGAAAGUUGGAAUAAUUUUGAUGGCCGGCGGUCAAGGUAGCAGAUUGGGGUCGUCCGCGCCAAAGGGGUGUUACAACGUGGGACUUCCGUCUCAGAAAUCACUGUUCCAGCUUCAAUGCGAGAGAUUGAGCAAGCUGCAGGAUCUGGCGAAGACGUCCACUCCUAUCCCAUUGUAUGUGAUGACUUCAGGCCCCACCAGACAAGCUACCGAGGAGUAUUUUAAAGAUCACCAAUAUUUUGGCCUCAAGCCGGAGCAGGUGGUAUUUUUCAACCAGGGAACGCUUCCAGCGGUGAGCACGGACGGCAAGAAGCUGCUGUUGGAGUCGGCGAGCUCGUUGGUCGAGAGUCCCGACGGAAACGGUGGUCUUUACAAAGCCAUCUACGAUAACAAGCUGCUGGACGAUUUCGCCAAGCGUGGAGUGGAACAUAUCCACAUGUACUGUGUGGACAACGUUUUGGUAAAAGUUGGCGACCCAGUUUUCGUUGGGUACGCGUCCAACAACAAGUACCAUAUUGCAACCAAGGUGGUGCGUAAGAGAAGUGCGGACGAGAGUGUGGGGCUGAUCGUGAUGGACCAGGAAACCAAGCAUCCUGCAGUCAUCGAGUACUCCGAGAUCAGCCAGGAACUAAGAGAGAAGACCGAUUCUGAGGGGCUGCUCUUAUUCAGAGCAGCAAAUAUCGUCAACCACUACUACAGUGUUGAGUUUUUGACACAAAUGGUUCCUCAAUGGAUUUCGGACCGUGCAUACCUGCCAUACCACAUUGCUAGAAAGAAGAUCGGGUGCAUUGACCCAGAGACGGGCGAGUUCAGCAAGCCAACAGAGCCUAACGGGCUCAAAAUGGAGCAAUUCAUCUUUGAUGUGUUUUCGUCUGUGGACAUGGCUAAAUUCGGAUGUUUGGAGGUAGACCGAUCCGAAGAGUUUUCUCCGUUGAAAAACGCACCGGGUAGUGCGAAUGACAGUCCCGAAACAUGCAAGGCGAACCUGUUGGCUAGAAGUGCGCGGUGGCUUAAAAAAGCCGGGGCUACUGUGAUUGGAGACGAAGUCGAGGUAAGCCCGCUUUCGAGCUACUCAGGCGAAGGCCUUGACAAGUUUGCCGACGCAACCAUCUCUGCGCCCAAGAUCGUUUAG